AGGGCAAGUGACUAUUUUUGGUAAUUUCCGCACCCUUUGCAAAUGGCCACUGUUCUAUACCUGAGUGAGGUCAAGAACCAUGUGGUCCUCACUCAGCCAAUCAGAAGAGAUCACCCUAUGUCACAGAUCACAUGACUGUGGCAUUCGACCAAUCAGCAGAGACCUGGAGUGCAUCUAACUUUCUCUCUCCACUGACGUCAGAAAAAGACGCUAAAGAUGCUCAGCUCACCUUACAUUUCUGUACAAAACUUCUAAACUAAUCAUGGCAAUGUCUGCCCGGAUGUUUUAUGCCAAGAGGAGGAAGAGUGUUGUCGUGCCUGUCCACCCUGCCAUCAGUGAUGAUGAUGAGGAGGAUGAUGAUGAUGUGGCAGACCCUGAUUAUGUCCCACCCAGCCACAACCAGGACAUUUCAUGUACAAGUGACACUGACCCCUCUGCCAAGAGGAAACGGAUCCAACCUGUGGUCGAGGUGCUCCAUGAAAAUUACAGUGAGGACAGUGAGUACAGUGAGGAUGACGACGAUAAUGAUGGUGAUGAUAAUGUGCAGCCAGCAGUACAAGCCCAGAGGCCAAGGAGAUCUGGAAAGUUAGCACCCAGGCCAACCACCUGGCAUAAAGUUGACCUGAACAACACAGCCCUUCCUGAAUACCAGCACUCUGCCCCAGACUACAUUGACAUGCCUUUUCAGUACUUUAUUAGGUACUUUGAUGCCCAAAUGAUCAGUCAUAUAACAUACCAGACAAACUUAUAUGCUGCUCAGAAGGACAUCAACACCACUUUCUCCACCAAUGAGAAUGAAAUAAUGACCUUUCUGGCCAUCCUCAUCUAUAUGGGUGUUGUUGAGCUCCCCUCUGUUGAAGGUUACUGGGCCAUGGAAACCAGGGUCCCUCAAGUUGCCAACCUGAUGUCAUCGAAGAGGUUCAGGCUGCUGAAAAGGGUUAUCCAUUUCAAUGACAACACUCAGAUCCCAGGCACCAGCGACCGUUUCUUCAAAGUCCGGCCACUGUUCAGCUUUCUCAAUAAUGCCUUCAGGCGUGAGCCACAGACCCCCAAACAGUCUGUAGAUGAGGUGAUGGUUGCCUACAAAGGGAAGACAGCUGGCAACCUGAGGCAGUAUAUCAAAAACAAGCCAGACAAGUGGGGUUUUAAGUUGUUUGCAAGGGCCUCCCUCACUACCACAGCCAUCUUUGCUGACAACUUUUUUACCAGCAUGGAGCUAGUGCGGUACCUCAGAGAUCAGAAUUGCAGAUACACAGGGACAGCAAGGGACAAUAGAAUCAGAAAUCCUCCACUCAAGUCCAUCAAGGAGAUGGAGAAGAAGGCUGUACCCCGUGGUACUUAUGACUAUGUUACCAGUGAUGAUGGGAUACUGGCCGUCAGAUGGAAGGACAACAGAACAGUCACUCUGCUGUCAACAGACACGGGGGUUGAGCCGAUGUCCUCAGUCAUCGGGUACUGCAGUGAGACCAAGACGAAGGAGCCUGUGAGCUGUCCAGCUGUCAUCAGGAGUUAUAAUGCCAACAUGGGGGGCAUUGAUAAGAGUGACAUGCUGGUACACCUCUACCGCAUCCCCAUGAAGUCCAAGAGGUGGUACUUGCGUCUGUUUGCAUAUGUCAUUGAUGUCAGUAUCACAAAUGCCUGGGUUGUUUACCGACGGGACAGUAAGGCCCUUGGAGUGAAUGGCCAGUCUCUGAAGGAUUUCAGAAUCCAGGUGUUCAGGGGCGCCAGCGGCCAGACGUCUGCCAAAUCCAGCACCAGAAGAAGCUCGUCCUCAACUGUUGAAAGCCUGACCACCAGUGUUGAUUUCCCUGAGCCUGUCCGGGGACACCGCAGCCACACACCAAAUGAGGCUGUGCGCUUUGACCUGUCCCUCUUUCAUGCCCCUGUACAUGCCAAACGCCAGACCUGCAAGUACUGCAGCAGGAAAGGCAACAUUGUGAGGUCAAAUGUGGUCUGCAGGGUCUGCAAGGUCCACCUUUGCAUGAACAGUGAGCGCAACUGCUUCAUUGGGUACCAUGAAUAA